AAGCCAAACACUACUGACAUUUUAACAGUCUCUCUCACUCUUCCUCCCACAAGCUUUCUCUGCUUUCUCUCUCUCACACACACAUAUACACACAUCGCAAACAGGGACAGAAGCACACAUUUUUCAAAACGCCCUUUGCUUUCUUUCUUUCUAAAUGUUCCCAGAGGGCAGGGGCCAGAGAUAAAAGCUAAAGCUACAUAGGACUAAUAAACCUCUCUUAUCUUUUCCCUUCACGAAGCAAAAGCAGAAACGGCGGAUGAAGGUCUCCUCCAUGCUCAUCUUCUUCCUCUCUCUUCUAUUUUCACUCUUCCAGGCUUCUCACUCCACCACAAUUCUAAUAGAUGGAGUUUCAGAAUGGAAGAACCCUGUUCAUAUAGGAGACUCCAUCAUUUUUAAACACAAGAAUCACUACAAUCUCUACAUUUUCCAGAACCAAAGAGCCUUCAAUCUCUGCGAUUUCACUCAAGCCACACUUCUCAAUAAACCCAAUUCCACAUCCUACACGUGGCACCCAUCACGGCCGGGCUUCUUCUACUUUGCCUUCAGCAAUGGGUCUCUGAAAGCAUGCCAAGCCACUGAAAAGCUUUCCAUGAAGGUCUCUUCCACACCGCCACCUGAAGCUUCCCCUAUGCCUCCGGAACUUCCUCCAGUGGCAGCUCCAGCGCCCUCUUCUGGUGGAGUCGUGUCGUCCUCUCCGGCAUUCCCUUGGCCGUUUCACCCUCACCAAGCGGCUUCACCGAGCCCGGCACCGACUGCAAGCUCUCCGGUGACUGUGCCGUCCCUGGUGCCUGAUACAGGUGGUGGUAUGCCAUUUAUCAACAGUAAUCCUGCGGUUCCUCUGCCUACUGGUGAAGUCGACUCUGCUACUAUUCGUCCUUUACCCACCUCUGGCCAGGGAGGACAGGUGAUGGUGGGGUUAUUUGCAGUUCAAACGGCUGUAUUUUGUGCAGUUUUGCUGAUGCUGCUGUAAAGAGAGAGAGAGAGAGAGAGAGAGAGAGAGAGAGAGGUCUGUGUAAAAUAUAUGAGCACCAUGUAGUAGUAGUAGUAGUAGUAGUAGUGUUGGUUUGAGUCUAAAGUAGCUUUAGGGGUGAUGAUUAUACCAUGUAUUGUUGUAUUUGUGAUGCUGUUAAGACCCUUGCUUUGGAAUCAUUGGCACUUUUUUGGUCUUUAGUUUUGCCAUGCAAUCAUCAAGCACUACUUUUUCUUUUUUUCA